UUGUGGUGUGGACUUAUAGCUCAUCAUCAAGUGAAUUUAAUGCUAUGAACAACAGAGCACACAUUGUCAGACAGUAUGAAAGCGGCUCUACUGCAUCUGACAGGAAAUCUACAAGAGAAACACCAGACAGAAAAGGGAUAACUUUUAGUUUAUGCGGUUUAGAGGAUCUCCGACAAUAUUCUGUACGUAAAUUGAUAAAUGCUGUUUCUUUUUGGAUAUUGCUUGCCAUCUGUCUCGUGUGUUCAAAAGUAUCACAGCUUGUUAGAUCUUCAACACAGCCUUCAGCCUCACUACCCUUAUCCUUAAGUGAAAUACCACCACCAAAAGCACCAGAAAAACCAAAAGUACCAAUUAAAAAAAUACAAGAAGCAAAAGGGAAAGGGAGAGUUAUUUCAGAGAAUCUUCAACAAUAUUUUGGCCGAAAACGUAAAGAUGUUGCGGCGAGGCUUGGCGUUAGUGUCUCCACGUUUAAGCGAAUGUGUAGGCAGCAGGGGAUUAUGCGGUGGCCUGGGAUGGGAAGCGGUGGUAGUGUCUCUAAACCCCCCGAUCAACAUGGAGAAAGGAAUACAUCAACCGCACGCGAGACGCCAUCACAUAAUGUGCAGACUGGGAUGGAGGUUGAACUGUUUGGUCAAAAUGAGGUGGCAAAUGUGUCUCGACGAGAUUUUAUGGGAGGCCCAAUUGCUUUGAAUACAUCUACUGCACGUGAGACGCCAUCACAUAAUGUGCAAACUAGGAUUAAUGUGCAAACUAGGAUGGAGGGUGAACCGGUUGGUCAAAAUCAGGAGUCAAAUGAGUGUGGACGAGAUUUUAUGGAACGCCAAAUUGCUCUGAAUACAGAAAGUGGUUUAAUAAUGGUUUCGAGACCCCCUGAUCAACAUGAAGAAAGGAAUACAUCAACCGCAUGCGAGACACCAUCACAUAAUGCGCAGACUGGGAUGGAGGGUGAACUGUUUGGUCAAAAUGAGGUGGCAAAUGUGUUUCGACGAGAUUUUAUGGGAGGCCGAAUUGCUUUGAAUACAGAAAGUGGUUUAAUAAUGGUCUCGAGACCCCCUGAUCAACAUGGAGAAAGGAAUACAUCAACCGCAUGCGGGACGCUGUCAUGUAAUGUGGAGACUGGGAUGGAGGUUGAACCAGUUGGUCAAAAUCAGGAGGCAAAUGUAUUUCAACGAGAUUUUACAAAAGGCCCGACUGCUUUGAAUACAGAAAAUGGUUUAAUAAUAGGGAGUUUCUCUGAAUGGGCAAGUCAAGUGAAUGAUCAAUCAACUUUGUCCACUCCUUAUCAAAAUCACAAUGCUCUUGUAUUUCCCCAGCCUCAAAUAACAUCGAUGCUAAGUGAGAACAGGGGUGGUUCAAUAGAUUGGACGAAUUCUUUAGCUUCACAAGCAAAGCCCUUUUCAGACAGACACAUCUCUGGAUCUAGUAAUUUGGCAUUUCCUACAUGGUCAAAUCAAGCGGCUCCUAGUCAACAUGCGGAAGGUCAAUCAGUGAAGUCCACUGUUUACCCAGAUCACAAUGCAGUCCACUGUUUUCCGGAGGGACAUGUCUUUGAAUCUAUUUACUGGAAUGAGCAUACAAAUUCUUUAGCUUCACAAGCAAAGCCCUUUUCAGACAGACUUAUCUCUAGAUCUGUCUGGAGACUCCCUGAUCAACUGGAAGGUCAAACAAUGCAGUUCACUGCCCAUGCAAAUCCAAAUGCUCUUGGGCUUCCACAGUUUCAGAUAGCAUCGUCCCAGGUGCCAAGUGCGAACGAAGCAGCUCCUAGCCAUCCUAUGGCUACUAUUCUCCCAGAAAGACAAGGUCCGAGGUCCGUGAAGGUAAAGGCAACAUAUGGGAAUGGGAAUAGGAUAAUAAAAUUCCCGCUCCCUCUCACGUCUGGAAUUAAGGAACUGAUGCAAGAAGUGUCAAAGACACUGGACUGGGAGCUUGGUAGUUUCGAUGUGGAUUAUAAGGAUGAGGAUGGGGAGUGGAUUUCAAUGGCCCGUGAUGAUAAUGUAAGUGAAUAUCUGCAACUUCUCAAAUCAUUAGGAAAUCAAGCAACCAAACUAGAGGUUCGUAAAAAGGUUCCCGAUACCACAAAUAUUUUUUAAACCUGCGGAUUAUUGAAGCAGCAAAGACCAUAGUUGUGUUAGUUCUAGGAAUAAUAUUACAAGGUUGAUGCCAAUUCCAUGUUCCUUGUGUAACGAAACAUUUCCUUGCCAGAUUUUAAACAUUUCCUUGCGGGGAUUCUUCGUGUUCACCA